UAAUUAAAAGAGGUCAAAGUAGUAAUGGAUGAAAGUCAAAGACAGAUUUCAUACGCAAAUAGUUGUUGUUUGGUACGCCCUCCUGCGGAGAAGGUUGAACAUGACCGACCACAAUCGCCGCCUCAUGUCUCUUUGAUUGUUUUAACAUAACAUUAAAUUAUCAUUUUUCAUCAAUCUUAUAUUAUUAUUAUUAAAUACUUUUUGUAACCAAUUGGGUGUUGAGUGUGGACUUUUUCUUCCCAUUUUUUCAAUCUUUAAUAUCCUCCAUUUUUAUAACUCCUUAAUUUCUCUCUUUAAACUUCAACCUAUUCUUCCCUUUUUCAGUUACCACACUAUUACUGUUUUUUCAUUAAAUAAAAAAUAUUGAAUUUUUGAUAUGGGGGGUCUUUGUUCUAAGUCUACUAAAGGUAAUAAGGCUUUAACCAAGAAGGUAGAACAUUAUGGUAAUCAUAAAUCUGGUAUUGGUAAUAAGAAGAAUAAUCAUAAGCAUACCAGUGAUUUGACAAGUGCAAAGGAGGGUGUGGAUAGUAAGAAAAAGGAAGAAGAAGAAGAAGAAGCUGUUAGUGUUUCUGCAGGAACUAGGAAUGAUGAUUUCUAUGAUGGGAUUCCACGCUAUGCUGAUUCUUUUUCACAUAAGUCUAGGUCAGUAAGAUCAAGGCAAGCUGCUGUGGCUAAGGUCUCCGAGGUGAGUUCACGCCUAGGCAGAGCUGGCACUAUUGGAUUCGGGAAAGCAGUUGACGUUCUAGACACACUUGGGAGUAGCAUGACAAAUUUAAAUUCUGGCGGAGGCUUUGCAUAUGGAGCUGUAACAAAGGGGAAUGAAGUUGGUAUUUUAGCGUUUGAGGUUGCAAACACUAUUGUCAAGGGCUUCAGUCUCAUGGAAUCUCUUUCGACAAAAAAUAUUAAACAUUUGAAAGAAGAGGUGCUUAAACUAGAGGCUGUGCAAGAUUUAGUAUCAAAGGAUAUGGACGAACUUUUAAGGAUUGUUGCUGCAGACAAGAGGGAUGAAUUGAAAGUAUUUUCUGAUGAGGUGAUUCGUUUUGGAAAUCGGUCAAAGGAUCCUCAGUGGCACAACUUGGAUCGAUACUUUGAAAAAAUUAGCAGAGAACUUAAUUCUCAAAGACAAACAAAAGAAGAGGCAGAGUUAUUAAUGCAGCAAUUGAUGAGUUUAGUUCAACAUACGGCGGAAUUAUACCAUGAGUUACAUGCUUUGGAUAGAUUCGCUCAAGAUUAUCAGCAUAAGCGUGAUGAGGAGGACAAUUCAAGUGCAGCUCAAAGCGGCGAAAGUCUGUCAAUCUUGAAGGCAGAACUUAGAAGCCAAAAGAAGCAGGUUAAGCACUUGAAGAAGAAGUCACUCUGGUCCAGAAGUUUGGAGGAGGUUAUGGAGAAACUUGUAGACAUAGUCCACUUUUUGCAUUUGGAGAUAAAUAAAGCCUUUGGCAGUCCAGAUGGCCGUAAACCAUUUAUUCGAACCAUUAGCAAUCGCCAAAGAUUGGGUCCUGCAGGCCUCUCUUUGCAUUAUGCAAAUAUAGUGCUCCAAAUGGAUACUCUAGUUGCCAGAUCCAGUUCUAUGCCUGCAAAUACAAGGGAUACAUUAUAUCAGAGCUUGCCUCCUAAUAUAAAAUUAACUUUGCGUUCCAAAUUACCUACAUUUCAUGUUGCAGAAGAGCUCACUGUAGCAGAUAUUAAACAGGAGAUGGAAAAAACAUUGCAUUGGUUGGUUCCAAUUGCCACAAACACAGCCAAAGCGCAUCACGGUUUUGGUUGGGUUGGAGAGUGGGCAAGCACUGGAUCUGAUCUAAAUAAGAAAUCCAUGAAGACCGAAGUAAUGCGGAUUGAAACAUUUCACCAUGCAGAUAAAGAAAAAGUAGAAAACUAUAUUCUUGAACUUCUCUUGUGGCUUCACCGCUUGGCGGUCAAAAGUAAAGCCGGGGGUGAUGUUGGAGAAGUCAAGUCUGUCAUAAAGUCUCAUGUUGGCACUGUCCUGCAAAAGACAAAUAAACAAUCUACAAACGCAGUAUCACCAUUGCUAACAACCGAUGAGCAGAUCAUGCUGAAGGAUGUAAAUAACAAAAUUCCUGUUAGAGGGAUCAGUAAAAGUAAAAGCUUGGACUUUGACAGUCUGAAAAUGGAGUUGACAGAUAACAGCAAACUAAUCAAAAGUAGCAGUUACUCGACGACAAGUAGAAGCAAGGAAUUAUCUUUUAAUAAAAUUCACUCUAAGGUUCCCGCAAUUGAUUUUUGUAUUGACAAAAAGAGAGCAUUGGAUGUGAUUGACAGAGUAAAUGUGACCAGAUAAUAUAUGGGACUAUUCUUAAUCGCCUUUGAAAUGAAAGGGUGGUAGCAACAUGAGGACAGAAGAAUGGUACUUCUCUGUAAAUAUAUAUUCACACAGCUAGUGUUUUGGAUGCCAGAUUUUGGCAGAUCUUCUAGCAUCCUGGAUUUCUUAGCUUCAUUAGGAGCUUGGUUUUGGUGAAAUGUAGUAUCAUAUCAUGAUGUACAUAUCGUCUUUACCACGGAGGUUGUUGAGACGAUACACUUUCUUGUCUGGAUCAAUGUGACUGCAAUACACUCUUCUAUUGGAGCAAGGUGGAUUCUUUUUUUUUUAAUUCUUGAGUGUAUAGAUAGUGAGGAUUUGGUACUCUAUGGCAGUUUUGCAUUGCAUGUAUUAUAUAAUUAUUUGUUUGGCUAUCUUUGCCUAUACUUAUUGACACUUGAAAAUCUUUGUAAUUACAUUUUUUUGCUAUGCUGUGAUAGAUAGUAGUCCAUGUCAAUGGGAUAAUAUUUAGAAACACUGUUGGAUAUAGAAAGGAGAUUGAUGCCAUAUGUUUGUGCUAUCCAUGUACACGAACUUUGGGAACCAGUAUCAUGGUACAUUUGAUUGUGUUAUUUA